CUGUAAGCAAGUGCCUUGUUUGAAGUAUAAAAAACAAAUUUUAAAUUUGGUUUUUUCCGGUGUUAAAUUUAAUAAAUUAAUGUAUUUUUUAAAUUUAACAAAAUUUUAAACACUAUAAUUCAAAAUGAAUAGUAAUUCGGAAUAUAAUGAAAAGGAUUAUACUAUUGAUGAUAUUAUAAUAACACAUUUUAUAAAUCCUUCCAUGUUCUGGUAUCGGAUUUCAAAUGAAGUGUCGGAAGAACUUUUUAAUUUAGAUCAGGAGUUAUUCAAAUGCUUUUCAUCAAAUCGAUAUAAAGAAUAUAUUCCUAAACAAAAGGAGAUUGUUCUACUUUAUGUUGUGUCUGAAAGUAGAUGCUGUCGAGCUAAAGUUGAAGAGAUAUUUGAAUAUCGUGCAACACCAAAAAAAUACAUGCUGUGGGCAAUAGAUCAUGGAAAAGUGUACUCAAGUAAUUCUAAAUUUAUUAGAGAGCUUCCAAAAAAUUUGGCUGAAGUACAAAUUGAAAACGUUUUUUUUGGCGGUUUAAACAAUCUUGUUCCAGCAAAACAAACAUUCGAUUAUCGCCGUUAUGAUAAUAUAAUGCAGCGUUGUGAGAAAUGGUCUUCAGAGACAUGUAGACUUUUUGAUGAAGCAGUGAAAGACGCAUAUACUUUGGAGUUUGUAAUACAGAGAAAAAUUAAGGAUCAAUAUUUUGGAGAACUACGUGCAGCAUUUCACACAAAUAAUAGAAUUAGUAUUAAUGACAUGUUGAUUAAAAGCAAAGGUGCUAUGAAAGAGGCAAAUAAUUUUGUGCAUAUUCUAAAUGAACUUGGAUUAAAUCAGCGAGCAUAUGUUUUAACAAAUGAAAAUGAUAUUAGCAAGUAUAAUCAAAAUACGUUAAAUAAAAAUAAUUAUGCAAGACCUGAUAAGAUUGACUCAGGCAUUACAAUUUUUCAUGAAACUGAUGUAAAAGCAAAUCAAGGAGAAAAAAAUUCGGAAACUAUGAAAGAAGAAAAAGAUUUUGAAGUAAACGAAAAUUUAGACGAAGAAAUUGCUUUGAAUAAAAAGAUUAAAGAAUGGAAUUUGGGUAAUUCAAAAUUUUCCAACACGAACAUUGAAAAAAUUCGGAAAUUUGAUAGCACAAUUAACGAAAACGAUAUACGUGAAAGUGUGGCAGAAAUUAGUUUGUCUGAAAAUACUCCACCUCAAGAAAGAGAACUAAAAUCAAAAAAUGUUGAGUACAGAGAAAUUAAUGAUUCUGAAAUAACUAGUGCGCAAUUAAAAAUGCAGGACGUUAAAGAAGUUGGUUCCAUUUUAAAUAUAAAUGAUAAAAAAUUGCUUGCUGAAGAUCCUUUUAAUAUAGAUAACUUACCGCUGAAAUCAAAUGAACGUUCUUUUGAGAAUAAAUCAGUUUCUGGUCGUAGUAACGAUUCAAAUGAGAGUAGAAAAACUGCACGAGAAAAGGUUUUAGAGCGUGUAAAAAAUCGUAAGAAAUCAUUAGCUGAAAUUGCAGCAAAACCCCAGUUGAAUAUUCCAGCCGGUUACGAUAUGCGAAACAUGCAACAAAAUAUAUUAAAAACGAUUCCUGUAAAUGAUACAGGUAAAGUAGAUAGCAAAAUUGAACCGUUACGUGAAAAAGAAAAAGGACCUGAGAACGAAAUAAGCUCAUUCCAAUUCAAUACAAGUGAUAUAGAUUCGAAAGACUCUUCCGUCAGUAUGGCAGAAUCCGUAAAAAUAUUUUUGGGAAAACAUUCAAUAACAGAUUCCGAACGAUCUCAAAAACCAUUACGUGCUUUUGAGAUCCAAUUACAUAAAUCACAUAAUUCUAAUAGCUCAUCAACUGGAGAAGCAAGCCCCUCACAGCAGAAGAUUGAAUUUAUAGAACGUGAAAACACAAACCAAACACAUUACACCACAAAAAGUAAUAGUUCACAUGGAAGAAGUAAUUUUUUAAAUAAAUCACCAGACUUUGUAAAAGGAGAAAAAAAGAGUUAUGAAAACAAAAAGCCCUACAUUAAAAGAACACACAGAGAUCAAACUAAUAAUAAACAAAGUGUUCGAAAAGAUGGAUUUGAGGAGUUAGAUGAUAUUUGUGUUCCAACAAGUACUAUUGGAAAAGAUUCAGUCCUGGUUCAUGGCGUUGUACCAGUCCCUGUGAAUAGACUCGUUGAAACUCAGUUCACACAUGGUGUACAUAAUAAAAUGGAAAUGUUGGGGCACAGAGAAAUUUAUAGGGUGCAACAAUAUUGUUGGCCCCAUUUGUUGCGUUUUAAUUCAUUAAUUUUGGUAAACGGUGAAAAAAGUGGUAAAACUUUUGCGUACCUUCCAGCUAUUUGCAGUUUAAUAGAGUUGGAAAACGAAAAUGGAGAUGUUAGCAUAAAUGAAAAAGGUCCUAUAGCUAUUAUUUUGAUGAGUACAAGAGCUGAAGCUGAACAAUUAACGAAAAUUUGUAAAUUUUUUACAAGUAGUGUAGUUUUUUGUACAGACAUACACAAUAUAACAGAAGCUUUAGGUUCUAUAGUUAAAGCAAUCGAUAUACUUAUAUGUACGCCAAAUGGUUUAAGAGAACUGGAACAAAAAAAUAAAAAGUAUCGUUGGUUUUCAAAAAACAGAUUAAAGCAUUUUGUAGUUGAAAAUAUUAAUACUUGGAAUCGUGAAAAACUAUCAACUUUGAGUGAAGUGAUGGACAAUUUAGGAAUUAAAAAAUUAAAUGAUAUUCAAUUUAUAAUUACUUCAAGAAUAUGGACACGUUUACUUAAAAAUUUUUUAAAAUUAAAAUCAUUUAAUAAUCCUUUAAUUUGUGUGGGAGCUCAUAUAGAAUCGGCUGUCUACUCUAAUACGCAAUUUAUUUUGAAGAUUGUGAAAAAAGAUAUUAAACUUAAUUGUGUACUUGAUUUUUUAGAAAAAAAUCCUUAUGAGGAUCAAAAAACUGUUAUACUUUGCAAUGCAGAUGAUGAUGUUGAAUAUUUAUCGCAUGAAAUUCGAAGUUUCUGUUUUAAUGUUUUAGUUUGUACAAGUCAAUCAAAUCUCGACGAAAUUAAUAUCGUAAAAGCUAAUUGGAAUAACUCAGUCACAAAAUCAAUUUUGAUUUGUUCCGAUGAUGUUUUGGCUGAAUUAAAUAUAAGAGAUGCACAAAAUUUAAUUCAUUAUUCCUUAAGUUCAUCAUGGACGAAAAUAUGUUAUAGGUUUUCAAUGUGUUUACAAUAUCAUGAAAAUAGAUUAAUAAUUAACGAUAAAAUUGACGUAUUUACUGAACCAAAAAAAGAACCAGCUAAAACAUUAAUUCUUCUUGAUGAAUUCAAUAAUGAACAGCUACCGAAAUUAAUAAAUUUUUUGAAACGUAAUAAUAUUGUUAUUGACGAAAGAAUAUGGAAACUUGCAAAAACUAUUGAGAUGGAACGUGAGAAAUCUUUAAAUAUGGAAAAUCGAUCAUUUUGUUCAAAAUUCAUUGAAUUUGGAAAAUAUCAUAAUAUAUCUCAAUGUAAAGGUCGUCAUAUUUUCACAAGUUCUGAUACUCCUAAUGGUGACCUGCCACUUGAUGGAGAAAUUAAAUUCCAAUUGCUCAGUAUUGAAUCCCCUACAAUUUAUCACGUACGCAUUUUGGAACAUAAACCAUUAAAUUCAGAUUUGUGGCAUUUCGUUAAGCAAUCUAAUGCCUAUACAUCUUUUUUCAUGAAAUUUGAUAUGUAUUUUAAAAAUUCAAAAAAUCAUCAAACAUACAUGCCAAUUGUUAAAAAUGAAACAUGUGUUGCUAAUGACAAAGGAGAGUAUUAUAGAUGUAAAAUUUUAGAAGUUUUAAAAACUGAAAGUAGAAGAGAAACUGAUUAUCGAGUUCGUACAAAGCUCGUCGAUCGAGGGUCCGUAACAAUUUUUAAAUCGUCGCAGUUAUUAAUCUUACCAAAAAAAUUUGCAGAAUUUCCUUUUCAGGCUGCUGAAUUACGAUUGCUUGGCAUAGUACCUUAUGAUAAGGAAGAAACGUGGGAUACGAAAGCAAUCUCAACAGUUUAUAAGUGGUUUGAUGAAUAUUCUACUAAAAAGAAAAUGAUAAAUACAGCAGUAGUUCAAUUUACUUUGGCAGAUUCUAUUUUCGUCAAAGAAAUUACAAUGAAGAGUGAAUUAUCAGCAUUAAAAGAUUACAUUGAUAAAAUUAAUGUUAAAAAAAGCUUACUUGAAAAGAAAUUAGUUUCGAAAGAUGUUGAAAUUGAAAAUGACAUAAAAAUUAUGGCUUAUGAUAUAGGAAUUUUGAAGCAACCUUUUAAUCUACUUUCUGUUAAAAAUAAGAAUAAAGCUGAUCGAGAAAAUAAUUCAGAGGUACCCCUUGAAUCAUUUCAUUCACUUGAUGCUCCUAUAAAUAAAACUGAUAAGAAUUUUAUAAAUGAAAGUAGAGUUACUGUUUUUAAAGAGCAGUGGUCUACCUUAGUAGGCAGCAAAUUUUCAAGAGUGACAGUUACGUCAUUUAAUUCUCCAAAUAGCUUUUAUGUCCGGGUUAAAAAUUCACAAAAUGAUUCAAACUUAAAAAAACUUUACUCUCGAAUUGAUUCUUUUGCAGAAAGUGAAGCAGAACCUAUUGCGCAACCCAAAAUUGGGAUGAAUUGUUUGGCUAAGUACGAUGAAUACUAUGGUCGAUGCAAAAUUAUUGGAGCUACUUCAAGAAAUUUUGAAUUUAUCUAUACUUUAUUUUUCGUUGAUAUUGGUGCUGUUAAAAAAGUUGAGCCUCAAUUUAUUUUAACAACGAACGAAAACAUUUUGAGUUGUAUGCCAUAUCAAGCAAUACUAUGUGGUCUUGCUGGUAUUUCAUCAAAAACUUUAGAUGGACUUUGGACUGGUGUUGAAUCUAAUGAAAUAUAUAGCGAAUUUUUUGAAAAUCGAGAACAUUUGUAUGCAAGACCUAUGUUAGAAGAGUUACAGAAAAGUAAUUCAAUUUUAAACUAUUCGAGUUAUAAAAUAAUUUUGCUUAAUUGUGUUAAUAAAAAGAAUCCAAUGCAAAUCAAUUCAAUUAUCUAUAACAAAGGUUUUGCUACGAAAGAUCCAGAUACUGAACAUUUUAUGGAUAUUAUAGAAAAAAUAGAGUUUGCGAGCGAUAGAAGCGACAAUAGUGAGUCCUCUCAAUCUGAUAUUGAGGAAUGGGAAUCUGAUGAAGAUCGUCCUAUUUUUGAAUACACUAAAUUAAAUGAAGAUAUCUCUGAACGUGAGUUUGACGUUAAUUUUGAUCAAAGCGACCUAGCGGAUAUGCUUGAAUCGCUUGGGCUUCCAAAAACUAUGAAAAUUGUACCCCAAUCCCAAAAGGAAUUAACUGAAAAAGUUGUGCAAAAGGAAGAAAUAGUCUCACAUAAAACAGAAGUUGAGGAUGAAAGCAAAGCCGCCAAACACUCUGAUGGAAUGUUAAAAGUUGAUAUGAAUCACAAAGAAUUAGAAGAGAAAAAAGAAAACAACAAUAGUUUCCUUAACAAGUUGAAAUCAACCGAAAUAUUUAAUAGAAGAAAAUAUAAUAGAAAACCUAUUCUUAAAAAGUUAGAUGCUGUUGUAUUGUCAGAAAGAAUGCCCAAACUACAAAAUCGUUUUAAAACUCCCAAAGUUAAUUGGCAACAAACUGAAACCAUAAUUACAUUGUAUAUUUGGGCGCCUAAUAUUACCGAUUAUAAUAUAGAAGUUUCUAAUAGAAAUUUGAUUUUUAGUGCUGAAAUCGAAAAUGAUUUAAAUGUGUUAUGUAUCAAUCUUUUUGGUUGCAUUGAUGCUGUAUCUCAUGAAAUUCGUGGUCUUAAUGUAGCUGUUCGUAUGAUUAAAACAAUCAAAGGUAAACAAUUUUAUUGGCCAAGGUUAACUGAAGAAACUGAUAAACAUUUAUGGCUUAAAUACAAUUAUGAAUCAUUGUUGAAUCAUAGUGAUUCACAAGAAAAUUUAGCAAUUGUAAAUUCAAUUGAAAGCUAUGUUAAAAGUGAUGAUGAAGACGACUCAUCUGAUUUAGAUGAUGACGAUCCUUUACUGAAUGCUGAUAAUAUCUCUGAUUCAUCCUAAUUAUGUACAUAUACUAACUGACAUUUGAAGUACAAAAUUGAUUUUUUUUUAUAUAUUUUUAUCAAAUUAUUUUUAAAUAAAGAAAAAAUUUAAAUUUUAUGUUUUCACAUUCGUAUUAUAAAGUUUACAUGUAUAUACAUAGU